UGGCCCGGACACGGAGCCGGUGGGUGUGCGCGGCGCGCGCGCGCGUUCAUCACGGAUCUGGGGCCGCGCGUCACAACAUACACAACUCUGCAUGGCACCGACCUGUAAUCAUGGAGCCGUAAACCCGUGUUCGAGAGGAUCUAGACUCAUAAUCCCAGGCUGAGGGUACAGGUGCUUUCAGAGACGCCAAAUUAUAUCACCGGGGGGGAAGCCGCGCAAAAAGAAAAAAAAACUCGGGUUAGUUAAUGAAAAAUGUGGAUCUACGCAAGUAUUUUAACUUACGCGCUGCUUUUGGCAAGAGAUGCAAGAGCUACGAGCAAGAUCUUCGGCGAGCCGGAGCCGGUCAGGAUGAUAUCCGAGGGCUCAGACUGCCGCUGUAAGUGUGUGAUGCGGCCCCUGAGCAUCGAGGCUUGCACCAGGCUCCGUGACGGAAGUUUGCGAGUGGAUGAUUUCUACACGGUGGAGACGGUCAGCUCCGGCUCCGACUGUAAAUGUUCCUGCACGGCUCCUCCCUCCUCACUCAACCCAUGCGAGAAUGAAUGGAGAACGGAAAAACUCAGGAAACAAGCUCCUGAACUACUUAAGCUCCAUUCUAUGGUGGAUCUGCUGGAAGGAACAUUGUACAGCAUGGAUCUGAUGAAGGUCCAUGCCUACAUGAACAAGGUCGUGGCUCAGAUGAACACACUAGAAGAGACCAUAAAGACAAACCUUACCAGGGAGAAUGAGUUUGUGAGGGACAGCGUAGUAAAUCUGUCCAAUCAGCUGAAGCGCUACGAGAACUACUCUGACAUCAUGGUGAGCAUCAAGAAAGAGAUCUCCAGCCUGGGACUACAGCUGUUGCAGAAAGAUGCCGCCUCUGACAGCAAAGCACAGGGCACAGAGAGUAAAAAGACCAAGGAGGUCAUAAAGACACCCAACAAGAAACCCCCCGCUGUCAAACCUCCACCCAAACAGCCUAAAGAGAAACCCGUCAAGCCCAAGAAAGAGGCUCCUGCCAAAGCGUCCAAACCUGCAAAGCCAGACCCCACCAGCAAAACCAAGCCCUUAGUGCACCAGGCGGGGGUCAUCAGGGGGAUCACAUACUACAAAGCAUCCAAGACAGACGACUCUGAGUCGCAUUCAGCAGGGAGAGGAGAGAGAGAAAACUCUGCCAAAACCCACACUGGCCACCUAACCGAGGACAAAAGAGGCUCCGAGCUAGUUUUGGAAGAGUCUGAAAUAACGUCCACUGUACCGCCAAUAACAACCACCACGCUUGUUUCUGUGACAACAACAAGCACCACGCUAGCAACCACCAGUGAAGUGCCCAUCAUGAAUUCAACCCUGUCCACACCAGCACCAGAAAAACUUACAGGCAGUGGAGGAAAGACACAUUUGCACAAAGCGGGUAAAUCUUUAGACUGUGAGGGAACAUUGGCGUCAGUGGAGAUGCCAGAGAAGCAUCACAGUUAUGGACGGAACGAAGGAGCCUGGAUGAAGGACCCAGUGACCAAAGACCACAAGAUCUACGUUACAAACUACUACUAUGGCAAUAACCUGGUGGAGUUCCGCAACCUGGAGAAUUUCAAACAAGGUCGCUGGAGUAACCUCUACAAGCUUCCCUACAACUGGAUAGGAACUGGACACGUGGUCUACAACGGCGCCUUCUAUUACAACCGAGCCUUCACCAAAAACAUCAUCAAAUAUGACUUGCGCAUGCGCUUCGUGGCAGCUUGGACUCAGCUUCACGACGCCGUCUAUGAGGACACUACACCCUGGAAAUGGAGAGGACAUUCAGACAUCGAUUUCGCCGUAGACGAGAGCGGCCUCUGGGUGAUCUACCCAGCGCUGGAUUACGACUACUCGCAACACGAAGUCAUCGUCAUCAGCAAGCUGGACCCGAGCGACCUGUCCAUGAAGAAGGAGACGACGUGGAGGACUGGGCUGAAGCGCAACUCCUACGGAAACUGCUUCAUCGUGUGCGGAGUGCUGUACGCCGUUGACGUCUACAACCAGAAAGAGGGAGAGAUUUCGUACGCCUACGACACGCACACGAACACGGAGGCCGCUCCACGUCUGCCAUUCACUAAUGAAUACGCUUUUGUGACCCAAGUGGACUACAAUCCCAAAGAUAAGGUGCUGUAUGCAUGGGACAACGGCCAUCAGGUGACCUACAAUAUUCACUUCGUGGGCCAGUGAGGUUCUGUCUAAAAUCGAGAAAUACACCAUUUAUGGGAGCACAUUGCUUUCUUUAUUGGUAUGGUGGUUUAGGAUUUAGUGUUCAAAUCUAUGGAAGCGGAAUAAAAUAUAAAAAAGGUUAAUGUGAUCUGAGUUUACAUCACAGAAUUGCGACUUUUGCUCUUAGAAUUGUGCGUGUGGUCAGGUGUCCAACAAAAUUGAAUUGUGAGAUUUAAAUUUGAAGUCAGAAACCAAAAUUGAAGCCAAAAACUUGGAAUUCCAAGAAAAAAUGCCAAAAGCGCAAGAUGUAAACUCUACUGCAAAAAACUAUAACUGCAGUGUUUUAAAUCAUAAUUAUCUUUUUUUUGUAUUUUUAUUGCAUAGCAGAAAUAAGCUUCCAUAAAAAUGAGUCCAUAGUGUUUGUGAAUAUAUUUUUACCCUCAACUAUAAACGGUCUGAGGACGCAUGUCUCAUUUUUAUGUAGUUCAUAAUCAGGUCCCAAACUUUACAACUGUAAAAAAAAAAAAAAACGAAUAAUAAAUGGUACGGUGAUUCUGUCAUUACUCACCCUCAUGCUGUUCCAAACCUAAAGAACUGUUCAUCUUCGGAGCACAGAUUUAGAUAUUUUUGAUAAAUUCAGAAACCUCUCUGACCCUCCAUAGACAACAAGCAUCCCUACAUGAUCAAGGCUCGUUAAACGUUAAACGUUAAAAUAGUCGAGACAUCAGUGGUUCAGCCUUUUAAAACAAAAACAACAUAUGCAAUGUAUGCACGCAGAUUCGUUGUUGAUCUGAAUGUCAGCAUUGAAUACUCCGAAAUGAUGUGGAGAAGGACGACUUGUUAAAUAAAGUCUUUCUUUGCAAACAAAUAAAGUAUUUUAACCUUGUGAAGUUAACAACCGGGUGAGUAACAAUAGAAUUUUCAUGUUUGGGUAAGUUAUUCCUUUAAGAAUCAUGAACAAACACAAAGUGAAUGGUUUUCCGCAGCUUUAUGCAGUAAUCCUACAUUUAAAACUCGCUAAAUGUUUAAUAACGUCAUUUAACAGCAACACAAUAUCAAUUUGGGGGGAUGGGAUUGUGAUUUUGAACUCUAUGUACAUUACAUUAUUUUAGCUAUUCAUUUUGUAAAAUAUUCCAUUCUCAUUGUAAAUAUUUCCAAGAAUAGCUUGUGUUACAAUAUACAAUAUAUUAUUAAGCCUCAGAUUUAUCAUCCCCAGAUAUUUAAUAUCAUAGUCACGGAUACUUAUGAUUACUCCUGGAUGAGUUACAGUUUUUGUAUGUUGCAUUUAUGUGUAAAAUUUCACAUUUUGUGUAAAAUAAACUUACUCUAAAACCA